AUGGCAAAAGUAUUCUCCAUGAGAGGAAGUCAAGAGGGUGAUAUAGAAAUUCCAAGGUUAAAAGAAGAAGAAAAUUCAAGUUUCAUUGAAGUUUAUCAAGAAAACACUCCGAAUACAGAUAAAGGACAUGAUGAAAGAAUGAAAAUUCAGCUGUGCUGGGACAAUGUUAGCUAUGUCAUCGAAAACAAAGGCGACGAGACGCAGAUCCUAAAAUCUGUUUCUGGCAAAGCCAACCCUGGGGAGCUUCUAUAUCAUUUGGCAUGUAUUAAAAUAUUUUAUUUUUCUAUUAGAUUUUUCAUUAUUUAUUACAUAAAAGGUAGUUUUGAUGGGAUCAUCAGGGGCUGGAAAGACAACACUUCUCAACAUCUUGGCUGGAAGACUUAAAAGCUCAAGCAACACAAAGAUUAGUGGUCAAAUAACAGCAAAUGGGACUAACAUCAAAGACCUUGAUUUUGGGUACUAUUCAGCUUAUGUGACCCAAGAGGAUAUCCUGCUUCCUAAUCUAUCCUUUUUUAGAUAAAUGCAUAAAUAUUUUUUACAAUCUUUAGAUAGAUAAUUCAAUUAAUUAAAAAUGUAUAACCCCAAGAGAGUCCUUAAUGUUUUCCUCUAGACUUAGGAUGCCAGGCCAUUACAAAGAUCAUGUCGAUAGAGUAAAUGGAAUCAUAAAUGAUCUAAGAUUGGCCAAAUGCGCAGAUAAUAUCGUUGGAAGUUUAACCAAAAAAGGACUAUCAGGAGGUGAAAGGAAAAGAGUUUGCAUUGGGAUGGAACUUAUCACUGACCCAAUUGUCCUAAUACUUGAUGAGCCUACUUCAGGUCUUGACAGUUUUACAGCAGAAGUCGUUAUUGACUUAUUGAUAGAGCAAGCCAGAAAAGGUAGAACUGUAAUGUCAACUAUCCACCAACCAAGUACAAGUAUGUUCGAUAAGUUUGACAAAUUAAUUUUAUUAGCAGAAGGCCAUCUUGUAUAUCAGGGCCGCGCUUCAGAGUCCACCAAAUACUUUGCAAAAAUUGGUUACGAUUGUCCAAAGCUUAUGAACCCAGCUGACUACUAUAUGAGACUUCUUCAUGUUGUAGAUAGGAAGCAUCCUACUGAAGAAGAACAUGAAAAAAUAGAAAAUGUAGUAUCAGCUUAUAAUUCAAUAGAGCAGGAUGAAGGAGAUUAUGAUAAGUCAAAGCUUGAGCCUUUACAAACCAAGAAAUUGACAUCUCCUACAAAUUUUGCAGAGCAGUUUAUUAUACUGCUGGAGAGAUCUUGGAUAAAUGCAAGAAGAGACCCUCUUGCUGGUCAGCUUUUGUUUACCGAGUACAUCAUGAUAGCUGUUUUACUCGAUUUGAUUUGCAAUAACUUAAUCUUAUUAAAUGAUAGUUCAAAUAAUAUAUAAGAAAAAAAAGCAUUUUCAUUUUGUGGUUUAUUUUUUUUAUUAAAAAAAAUUUUGCUAUCGCUCUAUGAGUUAGCAAAAAACUAUGAUUCUUCAACAACCAGAACUCAGCUCCUAUUUAUGUCAACAGCCACUGUAUCCUUCUAUUCAUGCCAAAAUGCAGCUAUGCAAUUCCCUAAUGAGACUCCUUUAUUCCUAAAAGAAAGUAAGCAAAGGAUUUAUUCCACUAUUUCUUAUGCUUUUCAAAGUAAAACUUAUCGUUCUUAAUUAGUCUUUUAAAAGACAAUCAAAAUUGUUUAAUAAGGUAUACUAUAUGGCCAAGUCAAUUGCAGAUAUUCCUAUGCAACUUCUCCCGCUGUUGAUAUAUUGCCUUAUUAUAUACUGGGCAAUCCCUUUCAAUGAUUAUGAUGCUAGCAAGUUCUUCAUUUUUUACUUUAUUCUGGUUAUUCUCCAAAUAGGCCAGAUAGGAGUUGGGUAUAUUUUAGGCUGCAUGGUCAAAACCGACACUGUUGCCUUGGCUAUUGUCCCAAUAUUUUUGCAGCCUAUGUUGUUGUGGUCUGGUUUAUUUCCUCAUGUAAACGAUUAUCCUGAAAGUUUUUCUUGGGUACAAUAUUUUUCUGUAAGAAUUAUUUAG